AUGGCUAAACGAAAAAGACAAGCCAACAGCGGGGGCGAAACAACGUCCGAGGCUGUGCAACCCAAAAAACCCAGAGGCGCUUCCGGUUCGAAAUCAACUACUUCGACAACUACGCAAGCCGAAACACUCCAGAUUAUCGUGGGAUCAUACGAUCAAGUUCUUCAUGGUUUGACGGCAACUGUCGAGGGCGAAAGCGCGAAAUUCUCAGAUACUUUUCUCUUCAACGCACACAACUCUGCAAUUCGAUGCGUCGCCGUAUCGCCCCCUUCCGCAGCUGCACCUGGCCAAACACAAAAGGUUCUGCUCGCCUCGGGAGGAACCGACGAACGAAUCAACCUUUACACAUUGUCUGCGCAUCCGCCGAGCAGCAAGAGAAAAAACGCGCUUGCCGACGUGGCACCACGACCGAUUUUGGAGAACCCCAAGAACAGGGAGCUGGGCACGCUGCUGCACCAUACCUCGACUAUCACGGCACUUUGCUUUCCGACGCGCUCAAAGUUGCUCGCUUCUAGCGAGGACUCGACCAUUUCAGUGACACGCACGAGGGAUUGGUCCGUCUUGAGUACCAUCAAGGCGCCUGUUCCGAAGCCACAAGGAAGACCGAGCGGCGAUACCGCUCCCUUCGGAGGUACUCCUUGCGGGGUGAACGAUUUUGCCAUCCACCCAAGCAUGAAGGUGAUGAUUAGCGUGAGCAAAGGCGAGAGAUGCAUGCGGCUGUGGAACCUGGUUACCGGCAAAAAAGCUGGCGUCUUGGGCUUCAGCAGAGAAACGCUUCAAGAGAUUGGGGAAGGGAAACAUUCGACAGGGGAAGGGCGAAGAGUUGUUUGGGGCAAUGUGGAUGGAACCGACGAAUUCGCCGUGGGAUUCGAUCGCGACAUUGUUGUCUUUGGUAUGGAUAGCAUGCCGAAAUGUCGCAUCAUGCAGCAGGCGCGAACCAAGGUUCACCAGUUUACCUACGUUACCGUUGACGAAGAAUCCGGCCGUGCCUUGUUGGCUGUGGCUACGGAGGACGGGCGCAUAGUAUUCUUCUCCACUCGAACCGAGGAUUUGUCACCUCCCACGGAGGUUCAGGGCAAGGCGGGAACUCUGCAGGUGGCAAAGCAGGUGGGAUUCGUCGGCGGCAAAGCCGAAGGCAUAUCUGGCAGGAUAAAAGCCAUGGUCAUGAUACCGAGCGAAGCAGCCAGGGGGACAGUCUAUUUGGUCGGAGCGAGCAGCGAGGGUCAGGUGCGACUGUGGACCAUUGAGCUCAGGUCAUUAUUGGCUGGCAUGUCCAAGAAGAAGGCAGGCGAAAAGCCGACUGGAAAGUUGCUGGGGACGUAUGAGACGCAAAACCGAAUUACAUGUGUGGCAGGGUACUUGAUGAUAUCGCGGCCUGAUGGCGCGGAGGAUAGCGAAGCUGAGGAUCCGUUUGACGAGGAUGACGAGGAUGACGAGGAUGACGACGACGACGACGACGACGACAAAGAUGACAGCGAAGAUGACGAUGAGUGA